AUGGCCGCGUGGGAGGUGCAGCGGACAAUUAGGAAACAAAAGGGAGAAGACUUUAGGCACAGUACGGUGCGCCAAAGUGAUGGUGAAAAUGCUCAGCUGCUCGUCAAAAAGGCAGGUGUUGUGGAGAACGUGGAGGAGACCGAUACGACCGGCUUAUCCGAAAAGGACAAAGCAGCGUUGGAACGGGCAAUGGAGGAGAAGGCGGAUCUGGAGAAGCACGGCGCCAUCAUUGGAUCAAUUGCACUCACACUCAUAGUUACCACAAUCAUUUGCAUGUUUUUUGCGAUUCGUCGAAAACGGAAAGAAGCAACCCACCAUGUGAUUGAAGUAAAACUACCCUCCGACUUGGACAGUCCUCACUUAAGUGGCGCCAAUGCUAAUAACGGCACUAAAAAUAUCGCCUCAACCUCUCUCCAUCCCUCCAAACUGCCUUCCGAGAAUGUGAUUAUUGACUUGGAGGAUAUUGAAAAUGAACCGGUUUUCUCUAGCUCUGGAGAUGCCCUCUUGGGUCGGGAACCGAGUUCGGCUCAAAAGGGGAUCCUAGGAUCCAAGGGUAUUUUUACAAACCAUAAUUGGGAUAGAAAAACGUCCGCAGCCAUGUCUAAAGCCUUUGGACUGAGUGCAAAUUCGAAGUCACCAUCUGCGAAGCCCGGGAUUCCGAGGAAUGCUCUCUUUCGGCACCAGCAACUUCAACAACAGCAGAAGUCCCAACGGGGUGCGUGGCAAUCGGACGUCAAUUUGAUCCAGCACUCCCAAAUUCAAAACAGUCGAGGGAAACUGAAUCGAGGCAAUUCAGUACAAACGGCCGAUGAAGUGGCGAAUUUCCGCUACAUACAACCUCAACUGCCACCCCGAGUGACUAAUCCCCCACCAGUAGCAGCCAAGAAUCGCCAACAGUGGAAUCACCGUCAACAACAGCAAAGAGAGGAGCAACAUCAUCGAAGUCAAAAUGGGCGCCAUCAUCAUCACCACCACCAUCGUCACCGACAACACCAUCAUCACCGCCAUCGCCAACAGCAACAGCAACCAUCAGAUAAGGAACGCCAUCAACCUCCACAAUCAGUUCUUCUCCUACGGCAAAAGACCUACAGCACAGAUGUGCCAGAUUCUUCCUGUCAAGAGAGCCACGUGUUGAAUUGUCGAAUGCUCACUGAGCAACAGCGGACGCUUUCCCUCGCUACCUCUCGCUUCCGCCUCUAUGACAGCCGCGAACUGACGCUCUAUGGGGACGGUUUCAGUAGUAGUGGAAGUGCUUCCAGAUCUUCUUCCUCACUUUCUGCAUCCUCUGCCUCCACUUCAAGAUCCACCGAUUCCACAGGCUCUCCUUCCACCUCCUGUUCCUCUAAAUCAACCACCACAACUUCAUUUUGUCCACAAAAACGUGUUCUACGAGAAUACCGAGGUUAUGAGAACCUCGUGCCUUAUAGCAUCCGCUUGAAGACCUUUCGCAGCAUGCCAGACGUGACUAGGGCUGCUGGACCUCCUGCAAUUGUUCCCGGAGGCGGUGUUGGUAGUGGUGGUUAUCGUUUUGCAGUCAGUUGUGGUCACAAGGAUUGUCGUGAUUACUAUCGGCUACAGGCGUUAAGGUCUGAUCUUCAGACGGAGCGGCGAAGACCAGAGAGAGUGGGGGCAGAAAAACCGGCUCUAUUUAAGGAGAGAGAGAUAGAGAUAACACCUUCUUCAGAGGAUGGGGAGGAGGAGGAGGUAGGGGUACAGAAUGACAACAGUGGAGGUGGAAAUUCCGGGGAAACAUCAAUUCCCCUGUCCAACCUGAUUGCGUCGGAUGCCUACUCGGUGCAUGGACUUAGUGACGCGAUAAGCGUUGAAUCCUCCAAAGACGGGGUCAGUGGAAGUGAGGCUACGCACUCUGCUGUCACCGAUGAGUCAGAUGGGAGCGCCCGUCAAAGCUCCUACACCUCCACAAAUUCCCCGAUCUCUCUACGAGCGCCCUCCCGCGUCAGCUCUGUCAAUCGUUCGCUCUCGCGUGUUACCUCGAUGUCGAAACAUCUCGACUCUCCCGCCAGUUUGCGGUCUCGUGUGAGAGUGCGUCCGACGGCACCGAAUCUCCUGGUUUAUGAGUACGAAGCCUAG